CCACAAUGCUAAGCGACAGGGUAGUGAACGGCUUGUUAAUGAUAAGCACUGUACUUGGCACCAUAUUCGGCUAUCUAACCAUCACCUACGACCGGAAGCAGAAAGAGUUACGCGUAUCGACGUUUCUGGUGGUGUAUAGCAUCGUUCUAGCGCUCGGUUGUACGGCCAGCUAUCAAGGAACUCAGUUCCUGAUGAGUGAUGCACGCUACCUGAACGGUUUUAAAGAAACUUACGUGAACAAAGCGAUCAGCGCUGUACAGGGUCAGGUUGUACUGCAAACGUUCCUAUCCGCUGUCGUGCGCCGUUACCAGAAGCGUUACGAAAUCGCCCACCUCAUACGGCAGCUGUUUCAGCUAAAGAAGGAACUGUUUAACACAACCGAGCUAACCCAGCGGUGGACCAAAUGGCGCAUUUUGCGUAAGAUCACCAUCAGUCAGGUGAUUGUAACGAGUUCCUUUGUGUUGGCGGUACGGCAGGUGAUCAUGCUGGGCGAAGAAAACAUGAUCAUUGAUCUGCUGGCGCUCUGCAUCUUUUACUACCCGAAGGUGAACGUGAUCUGUUCCGUAUCGUUGUACUACGCGGUUAUGAUGUUUCUACAAAAUCUUCAUUUUGCACUGAACGAACGUUUGAAGCAGCUGGUGCUGGAACAUGCAAAUGGGCCGACCGGUGGGGGUGGAUACGUGCGUACGCAGCAUUCGGUGUACAUUCGCAGCAAGCUUAACUAUCUGGCCGAUGCCCGGUAUCGGAUUGUGGCGUGCUGCACCAAGACACACGAGCUAUACCAGCAAAUGUUGCUUUCCUGCAACUUUCUCUGCAUGACGUACAUUAUAUCGCAGCUGUACAACUUUUUCGAGAUACUGUAUCUACACUAUCGAACGCAGAGCGAUUUGUCGUUUAUUGCACUAGGCCACGAAGCGCUCACCUGUCUGCUUUGCUACUUCGAGGUAUUCUGUAUUGCCGAGGCGUGUGAGUUGGUCCGUGAGCAGGUCAGUUCUGUUGACUGUUGGCAUUCACAAGUAGCGCAGAUAUUAAACCUCAAGCUGGUGUUAUCGAGCUGUCUUCUGAUACAAAGUCUCUUCUAUCCUUCUUCUUCUUUUCAGGCAAUAAAAACCCAGAAAUUACUGCUACGUCUAAAUCUCAACCCUAUGGAUCAUAAGCUAAAGCAAAGCAUUGAGGUGUUUGCCCUUCAAACCUUACAUCAACCGCUCGAGUUUACGGCCUGCCGGAUGUUUACGCUGGAUUAUACGGUCUUAUUCUCGAUUGCUGCCUCCGUUACCAACUAUCUCAUCAUUCUAAUCCAGUUUGAGAUGGCUAUUGGUCAGUAGUAGCUGUAUUGGACGUCGAUUCGGAUGGUUGCUAAAAUGAAAAAUAAAGUGUACUUACUUACGUACUUGGUGAACUUCUUGGACUGCAUCAAACGUCCUUCGAACUGCGCUCAGUUUAGCUUCAUCCUGUACCAAUCGUUAAUUCCGAGCUUUCAGAUGGACCAGGUAGUAUGUGUUCUAUCCAUGCGCAAUACCUAGAAUGAUUUGAUAGGCUGGAUGGCGAAGAUGUCUGUUCUUGUAUCACGAUUAAUCCCCGGGAAUUUCACAAGUCUUAUUUGCUUUGCAAUGUUGAGGUAUAGUGCUGUCCCACAUUAAGCUCGUCUCUAGUCUAGGAUCUCGUCAGUUUUGGACAGAGUUAAUGGUUCAGAGGCGUAUGUGAGUACUAGGGCUAU